GGUCAAUCCAUCAUACUCGAAUUCUUCCUUUAUGUACAUAAUACAUAGAAUUACAAAUAUUUCGAACAACCACAAGAGGACUUUGUGGCUGCUCACUGGGCCAUAUCGCGCGAGAGAAUUCUUCACUCAGAAUGUCGCGAUUGGGCAUUUAUGUAAAACGUGAGGAGAGACGGGCAUAGUUCAAAGCGAACCCUUCACCCAGCAUGCUCAGGAGAGCAAGGAACGGUUUUUCACUUGAAGCCAGCGGAACUAGCCGCCGCACCUGACAUGACUCAUUCGUGGCCACCAUGAUUGCUCCGACACGCGUCGUUCUCCUAUCUCCUGACCACUUCAUUGUCAACGAACCCAAACGAUAAAAUGGAUUUUAGAGAUAGUCAUUACGAUAUCAUGUCGUUUCUGGAGCAUCUUCAAAACCCCAGCCCUGGUCAUCGCGACGAUUUUGUGGACUCACUUCCUACAAUCACAGAGGCAGAGUUAAGGACAUCCGGUCAUCAAGACGAUAGUUGCCCAAUUUGUCAAGAGACAUUCUUGUCGGUCAUUGCGCUAGCGGAAAUGGCUUACGCUAUGGAUAGUCCCGCAAACUCGCCUUACGAACUGGGUGUGACGAGGAUCCCCUCAUGUGGGCACUACUUUUGCAAGAAAGAUCUUGCUAAAUGGAUUAUUUCUGCUAAAAAAGACACCUGCCCGGCCUGCCGGACACAGAUGGGCGUUCCACACCUACCCCAAGAUCCAUCUUUUGGUACAAUCCAAACCGGUGGCCAAUUUCCAUUCUUUCCACCUGAAAUUCAACAGCAGCUCGAACAUGAAAUAGCGCGUUUGAGAGAUUCAGGUACUGCUGCGCCAUUUGGUGGUGUGACCGAUCUAGAAGCAUUGGUUGGUGGCCGGUGGAAUGAUGAUGAUCUGGGAGGGACCGAAAUAGAGUAUGAAGAAACAGAUCGAAACGAAUUUCCUAUGUAUUCCUGAAGGAUGCGCCUCACGCUAAGACCUUCCAAAGAACUCCCACAUAAACAUAAACUAACGUGAACGUGUACCUUUUUGCCUCUCCCAUGUUGCUAGUUGCGAAUUAUCGAGGACGAUCUUUGGC